AAUAAAUUUGCAUGGCCCAGCGCAAUUUGAGCAGGCCGGUGUCGCGCGUGGACGAACGGCCGCGCACUCGGUGGACGCGCGACGACCGCACGCUGACCAGAGGCCUCGCCGAGGACCGACCCAGCGUCCCGGACAUGAGGAGGGGCUCGGCCGCCGUCGACGACGCACCCCUCGUCUCCUCCAGGCCCAUUUCUAGGAGAGGCGCCAAGGACAAUGCAGACACGAUGUCGAGUAUGUCGUCCGCUGUCCCUGACCGGCCGAUCACCGGCAUGGUGCGGCCGCCGUCCACGACGGCCAUCAAGGGCACCGGCUUGAAACCCGUCGGAACAGGGGUCGGCGGGGCGUCGCAGCGGCAGGUGCAGGACAGGUCGUACUACAUGGGCAUGGUCAGGGCGGCCAUGGGCGAGUUGAGCGCCGAGAUCGCCAAGCUGAAGACGCAGAGCGACGAGGUCAAGGCGGAGAAAGCGGCGUCGCUCGUGUUUGAAAAACGAGUCCGAGAACUGGCCGAAGAGUUGACCGGAUUGCAGGAGCAGCUGUCGGACUACAACUUGCUGGUGGACCGACUGAACACGGGCGCCGAAGCGUCCGACGUGAACAUGGAAAUCGCCGAGGUGGCGCGCGAGAGCGACAAAAUCGCGCACCAGGUCGACGCCCUGUUCGCCAAAAAGCAAACCUUGGAGGACGAGUCCAACGACCUCAAGGACAAACUCAAACAGGAGCAGCAAAUCACGGAGAAACUGGUGUCCCAGCUGGACGCGGAGGGACGGCAAAGGUUCACCCAACUCCAGCAAAACACGAUUCGGCUGGACGCAAAGGCGGACGAAAUGCAGGCCCAGUUGGACGCCAUGUCCGUCGAGACCAAAGAGCUCGAGGACAAAAUCAACCACUCCGAGAUUCACCAAGAAUCGCUGCGACUGCGACGUCGUCUGCUGGAGCUUUCGGUGCGGCGGGACGCGCUGUCCGAGGAGGAACGGAAGCGGCAGUCGCCGGGACAGCAGCGGGACGCGUUGCUGGCCGCCGUCAAGGCCCACAACGCCGAGCUGGCCGCCCUGGACGCGCAGACCGAGCGCGAAAAGCAAACCGUGGCCUCGUUGAACGAAAGCAUCACCCACGCAUCACAAGCGCUGGAGCAAAACAGCAGCGAGCGGACGUCGCAGUACUCGGAGAUGAAGCGGAAGGAGGCGGCCAUCGAGGACUUCCUGGCCGGCUUCGAGGUGGCCAAGCAGCAGGAGGAGGCGCGACGCUCCGAGCUGGAGCACGAGGUCGGCGCCGCCCUCGCCAAGUACGCGGCCCUCCUCGUCAAGGCCCACAACCUGCCCAGUGUUGAGGCGUACGGAGAGUUGAAGGAGCAGUUGGGGAUGAAGGAGGGUGAGGUGGAGAAGGCCAAGUUCACAACGCAGGGUCUCGGCCAGCAGGAGGCGCAUCUCAAGGCCCAAAUGACCAGGGUUCUGGAGCUGGAGGAAAAGGUGGCGAAGGAAACGGAGACGAUCCGGACGAAAUUGCUUGACAUGGAGGCGGAGAAGGAGAAGUUUUCGGACGUGGCCGGGCUGCGGGCCGGCGAGGAGGAGCGGCGGCGGAAGGUGGAGGCGCGAAGGUCGCAGGUCGAGCGCGACCUGCGCCAGCGGCAGCAACACCUGAGGGACGCGCACGCCCACUUGAACGCCCUGCAGAAGGCGUUGGCCGAGAACGACGUGUGGACGCAGCUGAGCCACGUGCAGCACAAGUGGGCCCAGGCGGCGCAAAACAACCACGCGCUCGCCGAGUACGUCGCGGCCCACCACCUGCAAAACAACUUCCAACCCCUCGUGCAAAAGGCCACCGACCUCAUCGCCAGACACAAUCAGAUACUCAAAAAUGCCCAAAUGAGAUCCAAUUGAACGGAAUUUGUAAAUUAAAUCAAAAUAAAAUUUUAUGGUUGUAAUUAAAAAAAAGAAUUCGACGUUUUCUGCAGUGCCAUUUUUAUAAUAAAAAAAUAUGA